GCCGCCGGCAGUUGUAAUUCUAGUGUGAGUCACCUCACCGGCAGAGCUGAAUCGGCGAUAACACUCUACGACAGUAAUGGAGAAGGAGAGUGUCUCACAGGACGAUUCAAAGAAAGAGCAAGAAGAAGAACAGGUAGUGAACCCUUGGGAAGUAUCAGCCAAGGACGGCGGCAAAAUCGACUACGACAAGUUGAUUGACAAGUUCGGCUGCCAGCGGCUGGAAAAGUCCCUCAUUGACCGCGUGGAGCGACUCACCGGCCGCCAGCCCCACGUUUUCCUCCGCCGCGGCGUCUUCUUCGCUCAUCGCGACUUCAGUGAGAUUCUGGAUGCUUAUGAAAGAGGGGAUAAAUUCUACUUGUAUACUGGCCGUGGACCUUCUUCGGAAGCCUUGCAUAUGGGUCAUCUCAUUCCAUUCAUGUUCACCAAGUACUUGCAGGAUGCGUUUAAGGUGCCACUUGUAAUUCAGUUGACCGAUGACGAGAAGUGUAUGUGGAAGAAUCUGACGGUAGAGGAGAGCCAAAGGCUGGCCCGGGAGAACGCCAAGGACAUCAUCGCCUGUGGUUUUGACAUUUCUAGGACGUUUAUCUUCUCUGAUUUCGAUUAUGUCGGAGGUGCUUUUUACAAGAACAUGGUGAAGGUUGCUAAGUGUGUCACUUAUAAUAAGGUUGUUGGCAUUUUUGGUUUCAGUGGUGAAGACCAUAUUGGAAAAGUCAGUUUCCCACCAGUUCAGGCUGUUCCAUCAUUUCCAAGUUCAUUUCCACAUCUCUUUUCAGGGAAUGAUAAUCUUCGCUGUUUGAUUCCAUGUGCAAUUGACCAGGAUCCUUAUUUCCGAAUGACACGAGAUGUUGCUCCUCGAAUAGGCUAUCAUAAGCCUGCUUUAAUUGAAUCAUCGUUCUUUCCUGCUCUACAGGGUGAGACGGGAAAAAUGUCUGCUAGUGAUCCAAAUUCUGCAAUAUAUGUGACAGAUUCUGCAAAAGACAUUAAAAAUAAGAUAAACAGAUAUGCAUUUUCUGGUGGGCAAGAUUCUAUAGAAUUGCACAGGAAAUACGGAGCUAACCUUGAGGUUGAUAUACCAAUCAAAUACCUGGGAUUUUUCCUGGAGGAUGAUGCAGAACUGGAGCACAUUAGAAAGGAAUAUGGGGCUGGGCGUAUGCUGACAGGUGAAGUCAAGAAGCGACUUAUCGAAGUUAUAACAGAGGUUGUUGAAAGACAUAGGCGAGCGAGGGCAGCAGUUACUGAUGAGAUGGUAGAUGCAUUCAUGGCUGUACGCCCACUUCCAAAUAUGUUUUGCUGAACCGGGUCCGGGUGGGGCGGGGGUACAUGUCAUGUCAUGAAGAGGCAGAGAUAGAAUAUGUUAUUACUAGAGAGAGAGUCAUUUGGAUUUGGAAAUCACCCACCCAUGCAUGUUGUGCAAAUUAUAUUAACUACUGAGACUCGAAAUUUCUUUCCAUUGGGGAAUUUUGUGGUCUUAUGCUCAUUUAUAUUAUAGACAACAAACAAUGCUCAAGGCUUGCGAAAUUUUGGUCUGAUUUUCUUCAUUUUUAUUUUUAAAUACAGAGGAGUAUUUAUCAUAGACGAUGACACUAUCGAAAA